UUCAAUUCCAGUGCCGUCUUCUUCUCCAUUCAAGACAUCAAACAUGUUCCUGUGAAGUUUCCUCUCUUUCACCAAAACACCACUCUUCUCUUUUCAUUCUUCUACACAAAAAUGUUAUCUCUGCAGCCACUCUCUAACCCUAAAUCCUCAUCUCUCUACUCUUCUUCCUUUACCCCUCCCAAUUCCUUAUCCCCCAAAACCCUAAAACCCAUUCUCGCCUUCAGGCCUUCUAGAAACUUAUACCCUUCCAUCCAUUCUAUGCUCCAGUACAACCGCAAGCCUCAACUCGCCGGAGAUACCCCGAGAGUCGUCGUCAUUACAUCAGGCAAAGGCGGCGUCGGCAAGACUACUACCACCGCCAACAUCGGUCUUUCAUUAGCUCGGCUCGGCUUCUCUGUCGUCGCCAUUGAUUGCGAUGUUGGUCUCCGCAACCUUGACCUCCUCCUGGGCUUAGAAAACCGGGUUAAUUAUACUGUUGUCGAGGUUCUCAACGGCGAUUGCAGACUUGAUCAGGCUCUUGUACGUGAUAAGCGGUGGUCCAAUUUCGAGCUGCUGUGUAUUUCCAAGCCCAGAUCCAAAUUGCCGAUAGGGUUUGGUGGGAAAGCUUUGGUUUGGCUUGUGGAUGCCCUAAAAGCUCGUGAUGAAGGUGGUCCGGAUUUCAUUAUCAUUGAUUGCCCAGCUGGCAUUGAUGCUGGGUUCAUUACGGCUAUAACUCCAGCAAAUGAGGCUGUACUAGUGACAACGCCAGAUAUCACCAGCUUACGAGACGCUGAUAGAGUGACAGGAUUGUUAGAAUGUGAUGGAAUAAGGGAUAUCAAGAUGAUUGUGAACAGGGUUCGGACUGAUAUGAUAAAAGGGGAAGAUAUGAUGUCUGUAUUGGAUGUGCAGGAAAUGCUGGGGCUUCCAUUGUUGGGGGUAAUACCUGAGGAUUCCGAAGUUAUUAGAAGUACUAACAGAGGUUAUCCGCUUGUGUUGAACAAGCCACCAGCUUUGGCAGGUCUGGCAUUUGAGCAAGCAGCUUGGAGGUUGGUGGAGCAAGAUAGUAUGGAGACUGUAAUGAUGGAGGAGGAGCCAAAGAAACGUGGAUUUUUCUCCUUUUUUGGACGAUAGCUUGAUGAUUCUCUUCUUAGUAGUGGUUUUGGUAAGCUUUCUGUAAUUGUUUGAUCAUGUUUUUUGGAAGGUUCUCUGAGACAAGAAAACUGUGUAUAGUAGAGAGUUAAACGUUUGCAUUCUUCCUUUGUUACUAUUCAGGAUUCUGUUUGUAGGAUAGUUGAAGAUUAGUGCACUUGUUUUGUUUUUGUUGGAUUUGA